AUGUUGCCAGGAACUGCGGCUCACUGGAGGCUGUACACUCGAAGUCUGCGGCAGGGAAAAUCACACUUUCUACAUCCAGAGGAUGAUGAACUCAAAUGUCUGACGGAAUUCAUCGUCUGUCAUCGUGUAUUUGGACAUGAUGAAGAGGGUCCAGAGAUUACCCUCACAAAUGCUACCGAGACCAUACGAACUGUGGUCCUUUUAGAAAAUGGCUCUAACUCAACCCUCAUGCGGGACAGUCUCGUAUCUGCCCUUGGAAUGAAGCGCAAAAGUAUCGAUAGCACGAUAUAA